AUGCAGCCCGCGGUGCCCGCUCACGAGCGUGGCAGCGUCACCUCGUCCAACCCGCCGCUCCGGUACGCCGUCAAGAGGCUGGACCCUCGCUUCCCGGCCCGCUUUGUGCAAUACGUGCGUAUGUACGUGGCAAGCACGAGUACGAGCGCAGCGCUGUAUGGAUUAUGGAGUACAGUCCCCGCGCGAUACGAGGAACCACAGGUUGGUGUUGUUUUACGUCGACACCAAGUACGUCUAGGAUGUACGGCCAUGCGUCUCCGCCCUGCGGGAAACAAGCCAAACGUGGGCCAUGCCAACAAUAGCAGCAGUAGAACAAGCGCAGCAACAAGUGGCCGUCUGCCUGCGUGCUCGCGAGCAAGUGCCAGGUGGUCAGGCGCGAAGUACGUACCUACAGUUCACUCUCUGCGGCACAGGGCAGUGGAAAACCCCCAGUCGUCCCCUCCCCCCGAUGAGACAGGCGCGCGGCCCAUGAUGAGGUGGGGCCGUGGUCCCUCCGCCCCUCCAAAGCCGUCCAACACGCAACGCACUUGA